AUGUCCACUCGGAGUGACAUAAACAUGGGGCUCCUGAUGGGGUAUAUGGAUUAUGUUUUCCCAGCCUUGUUUCCAUUCUACAAUCCUUCCAUACUCGAGGGUGGUCGGUCCUGGCUUCCCAUACUGGCUACAACGAAUAGCGGGUUCGGCAAUAGCAUAAUCAGCUUAACCUCCUAUUUCUUUUCAAUAGUCCCAGUUGUCCCAGGACUCGACCACGACAAAUGCUCCACCAAGACCUGGGAGGAAGUGCGCAACCAGAUCGAGCUUGCUCUGAAUAAUGUCCAGCAUGACGUUGCCAUUUGGCAAAGCCGAGGAACAGACACAUCGCUCCGAGAUGGCGUGAAUCUCCUGGCGACUAUUGUACAACUUCUCCAUAUUGCGCCUGAAAUCUUCACAUCGUGUCAGUGGCAGGUCCAUUUGAAGGCAGCAGUUGCUCUUUUUCAGCAGAUGUUGAAGCAUCACGGCCAAAGCAGCGUGAUGUCAGGUCAAGGGAUAGAGGUCAUUAUGAAAGAUCUGGUUGGCGGGGCUCCGUUCAUAACACCUGUCGUGGAAAGGGGAGCCUUCUCCUUUUUCUCUUCGCUGCUCAUUAUGGACGACAUUAUCGCCAGCACAUGCCUCGAGAAACCGUCCGAAUUACUACCGUUGCUUCAUGAUCUUCAGACCAGUUCGCCAAAGGCGGAUCCCCCGCGGCGCCUUGAAGAAAUCACAGGCUGUCAAGAUUGGGUGUUCUUGGUCAUCGGCGAGGUAGCUGCUUUCGAUGCAUGGGAAAAAGAGAAUGAGAGGACCGGUAGAGAAUCCAGCUUCGAUCUAAUCCCCCACAUAGAUGUGCACACAAUCGAGGUCCGGUGGCAAGAAGGCAUGAAACGCCUUUAUCUACACCAGCAGUAUGAAUCCUCUUCACCCGCCGACAUCAAAUCAACACGACCACUUGAAUACAUUCUGCGCAACUCCGACUGCACGUACGGUCUACGUUGGUGUUCAUCAGAAACGCGUUAUACUAUCACAAGUGUCUGGGCUCAGGCGGCUCGCGUGUAUACUUUGAGUGUCUUCCAUGGCUGGUGGGCGAGAGAAAGCCAGAUCUCCAACUGUGUUGAAGAAACAUUGAAACACUUAGAUAGGAUCACAUCGCCUGCCCAGCUUCGAACUCUUGUCUGGCCUAUCUGUGUGACUGGAUGUCUUGCUAGGGAAGAACAGCGGACAAAGCUCCUCUCCAUCUUGAGCAAGACUGGUGCCCUUGGGGCUCUGAGGAGUGUGCGCGAGGCUUUGGAAAUCAUCCAAAAAGUGUGGGGGCAGCAGCCUGAUGAUGGCUAUACCUGGGACGUUGCUAGCUGCUUGAGAUGCUUGGGUCACAGGGUCCUCCUAGUAUGA